AUGGGCCAACCACGGGGGCGACACGGGCAAUACGGGCCCCAACGUCAAUACCUCGCAGUGACCGGGCACGCUGUCUCCGAUUGCACCGGAGGAGGGCACACCGGAAACAACCGCAUCAGCGGUCCAUUUAUAGCGGCGGGAAGAGCCAAUAAGGAGGGAGGUGAUUGUGGAGGGUGGGCUAGAAGCAACUGGGGAUUCGUGGAUUCUCUGGAUUCUCUGGAAUCUUUCUCGCUUCUCGGCAUUCCUGACCCGGUCUACCGCUUUGGGCAAUACCAGCGGUAUACCGUUCUGGGUUAUAAUACCAAAAAUGACCAAACAGAAUAUACAAUAGGCCGGCUGGCCCAAUGGCAAGGCGCUUGA